AUGUCAAACCAAUCUGGUAUCACUGCGAAUGAGUCUCUUUUGAGUGAAGUGGCUCUCUUGAUUGACAAUGCAUCUACUGGCGAGGCGGUCGUCGCCGAAAUUUCCCCGGAUAAUACUGCGGUUCAACUGAAGUCUGUGUUGUCCAGCUUGGAAGAGCUUCGGGAAUUUGUUAUUGCUGAAAGUAAACCGUUUUACAUAUUCAUACAUGGUGGUUCGGGCAUUGUCUUCGUGUCGUAUGUUCCCGAAAGAUCUCCUGUACGUGCUAAGAUGUUAUAUGCUUCCACGAAGAACACCGUUCUGAGACAAAUUGGGUCCAAUCAUAUAUCCAAACAGUUACUGUUCUCUUCACCCGAGGAAUUGACACCUAGCUCUUGGACCUCGGAUUUCUCAAGAGAAACUGCGCCCUUGACAGACGCGGAACAGAUCAGUGCAAGUAUAUCGCAACAGCAACAGUUCGAGACUACAAGAGGUGGACAGCCUUUGGUAUCGCAAACUGGUGGUACCUCGCACACUCUGUCAUUCAAAAUCUCAAGCGAUGAGCCAAUUCCCAAGCUCUUAACAAGAUAUAAUCUUGUUAUCUUUGCCAUCGACCUCGUCAAAGAAGAAGUGGAAGUGCUACAAACAAGCAACGUCGCUAAAUCUUCCGACAUCCCCACUUUAUUGAAAGCUGGCCACCCAACGUACAAUAUUUACAAAAACCACGGCAAGUUCCAUUUCAUAUACAGUUGUCCUUCCGGCAGCAAAGUGAAAGAACGCAUGCUGUACGCCUCUAACAAGUCUGGCUUUAUCAAACAUCUGUCGGAGGUGGAUCAAUUGGCUAUAACCUCAGUUUCCGAGAUUGGAAAUUCUGAUGAACUCGAACUUUCACAGUUAGACCAGACGGAGUCGACAGUGCAGGACGUGACAAAGCCCGUACCUGGCCAACUCAAGUUUAGCAGACCCAAAAGACCUGGUAGAAGAGCGUAG